AUGGUUUCGUCUAUUCAACUCUCCAGCAUCAGGGCCAAGAGCAGGUGUCUCCAGGAGCCAGUGCGUCUGCCCACAGACCUUGGACACUUGAGCCUGGGUCCUGCUAAUCCAGAGCCGCAGCCCGGAGUCCUCCAGGAGAGGAUCAGCAUGGAUGCCCAGGCUGAACAAUUAGUGGUGGCUGGGGCGGGUGCAGCGGUGCUCCCAGGGGAUGAAGUAGGUGCAGGGGCCUCACCCACACAGCUGCUGCACAGGUCCAGAGCCUCUCCAGAACCCUUCUGGCUGCCCGGGGCGCUACAGCCUGGACAGGAGCCAGACUGGACCUGUGCAGCCUGGGAGAGCAGUCCAGCUGUGGGUGGUGCAUUCUCCAAGGGCUGCUUUCACUUCCUGAGCCCCAUGACUGGGCCUGAGUGGGGGGAAGCAUGGGGAAGCAUGGGGGACACUCUUCUCAUACACUCUCCAGGUUAA